AUGUGUCCUCCAUGUUUCAUCUUGCUGUGGAAGGACUUGGAUGGUGAUGUACCACGUGCAGAAAAUGAUGUCUUGUUGCUGAAACAAGCCAUUGGUAAAGGAGACGUUGAAGCUGUUGAAAAGCUUUUGGACAGUGGUAUAGAUGUGGAGACCAAGCUUGACUGUGAGUGGACUCCUCUGAUGUGUGCUGUCAGUGUUGCUAAUUAUGACCUGACCAAACUCUUACUGGACAGAGGAGCCAGUGCCAACUUCAGCAAAGAUGAGCAGACUUUGUUAAUGGCCAGCUGCUCAGCUUCUGCCACUGAAGACAAAAUUGCUCACUGUGUGGAGCUUUUGCUUUCCAGAAGUGCUGAUCCCAACAUUGUGGACAGAUCUCGUAUGACCUGCUUGAUGUUGGCAGCCAAGAAUGGCUACAGUAAGGUCAUUAACCUGCUCGUGUCAUAUGGGGCAGAAAUCAACGUCCAGGAUCACAACGGUGAAAAAGCUUUAUCUAAAGCAGUCCAUUAUGGGAGGGAAGAGGCAGUGCUGAAGCUACUCCAGCUGGGAGCUGAUAAAACCAUAAAGACCAAAUGUGGAAAGAGCCCUGCUGACCUGGCAUUGCGUUUCAGCCAUUCUCAGAUACUCAGGAUCCUGGCUCCUUCACAACAUAACACUUCUGUCCAAGCUUCCACCACCACAGAAACAACUGCCUCAGAAUUUUUCAUUCCGACCUCUCAACGUCCAUCUUCCAAAGAAAGUGUAACCAAGCUUGAAGACCUUGAGCUUCUUUUGCAUGGCCUUGAUCUUGGGAACCUCAGUGAUAUCAUGCAUGAACACAACAUUACCUGGACCUGUCUGUUGACGAUGGAUAAAACUGACCUGGAGAAGAUUGGUGUUACAGAUCCAGUGGAUCAGGAGAAAGUGCUGAGUGCUGUGCAGCACAUGCAGAUGGACACAGUUGAUCUGGACACAAUCAAACAUCUGGGAGUCACAGACAGCGGGAGUGAGGAUCUCUAUAAUUUCUUGAUAAGUGUGAGGCAGCAGUGUUGCUACCUGACUGAGAUGAUUCAAGAUGUCAUCAACCGCUUUCCCCAACAUGCCUCUCAGGUGGUCUUCCGUCUGGACCCAAAUAAAGAGGCUCAGGCUGUCUGCAACCAGCUGGUGGUCCAGUGUAGAGACCUGCAAAGGGAAAUCAUCUGCCUCCGCAGUCUGCUGUGCCAAAUUGACAAGUCUGAAGACGGCUGUCUGCUUCAUCCACCUGACUCUGGCAGACACUGGAGGAUGCCAUCCCUGACCAGUGUCAUGCUGGGUGUAGUUGGAGCCGGUGUCAUCUUUUUCCUCCUCAACAAAACCUCUAGUGGCAAGUUUGAGCUGCUGAUGCACAGCGAUGUCUGCUGAGAGUGCAUGUGUCUUUAAGUGAGCUCAUUUAAUUUUGGUUUUGACUUUGCAAGUAGGAAUGUGGAUGGUUUGAUUUGUUCAUGAAAACUCAGUUUUUUCAGUUUGUGCUG